AAAAUAAAAAUUAGGAAAACUGCUCCUAGGCAAUCAAGCCAUGAUUUUCCCUUUCUUUCCGACCAGGAAAAAAGGAAUAAAGCUUCUUAUGCUUAUUCCCUAAGAAAAUGCUGGAGAUGCUAAAGUAUCAUGGAGGAUCCGAUGUCUUCGUCCAUUGGCUUUCACAAGCUCUUUAUCAUUGGAAAGCACUGGAAACGGAGAGAAAAGAAUUGUGGUUGCUGAAGAUACAUUGCUCAGAUGACCGAGACUACCACCCCCGACUAUGUCUCUCUCCUCUCUUCUACAGAGAGAGACUUUCUUGUUCGCAACAACGGUGAUCAGGUUAAGAUAGACAGCUUGAAGGGGAAGAAGUUUGGGUUGUAUUUUUCGGCAUCAUGGUGUGGACCAUGUCGUCGUUUCACCCCAAACUUAGUGAAGGUUUACUAUAAAGUUGCCUCAAAAGGUGAUUUUGAGGUUGUCUUUAUCUCAGCUGAUAAAGAUGAGGAGUCAUUUAAUGGGUAUUUCUCCAAAAUGCCAUGGCUUGCGGUUCCAUUUUCUGAUUCAGAGACGCGUUAUCAGUUAGAUGUAUUGUUCAGGGUCAGUGAAGUACCAUACCUUAUGAUCAUUGGUGAAAAUGGGAAUGUCUUGACUGACAGUGGAGUUGAAAUUAUUGGGGAGUAUGGAGCUGAAGGAUAUCCUUUUACCGUAGAAAGAAUAAAAGAACUAAAAGACCAAGAAGACGCAGCUAAACAGGGACAGUCCUUGAGAUCAAUCUUGGUCUCACCUUCCCGUGACUUUGUAAUCUCACCCAAUGGAAAUAAGGUACCUGUCUCUGAACUUGAAGGGAAAACAGUUGGUCUGUAUUUCUCAGAUUCUUCAUACAAGUCAUGUGUUGAAUUUACGCUAGAACUCGUGGAGGUUUAUGAGAAACUCAAAGCUAAGGGAGAAAGCUUUGAGAUUGUGUUGAUUCCACUUCAUGAUGAUAAAGAAUCAUUUGAGCAAGAUUUCAAAAAUAUGCCUUGGUUUGCAUUUCCAGACAAGAGCCAUCAAAAGCUUGUCCGUUAUUGUGAGAUCUCAGUCCUUCCCGCUUUGUUUGUUAUUGGCCCAGAUGGUAAAACUCUCACUAAAAGUGGUGUUCUAGCGGUUGCUAAAUUUGGGGAUCUAGCAUACCCAUUCACCCCAGAGAAGUUCAAAGAGCUCCUUGAGAUUGAAAAGGCAAAGGAGGAAGCUCAAACCCUUGAGUCAAUAUUGGUUCUCGGAGAUCUAAAUUUUGUAAUUGGAAAAGAUGGGGCCAAGGAACCAGUAUCUGAACUCGUUGGAAAGAACAUUCUACUUUAUUUCUCAGCUCAUUGGCUUGACUCAUGUCGUAAAUUCCUGCCUAAGCUUAUUAAAACAUACCAUGACAUAAAGGCGAAAGACAGUGCAUUCGAAGUGAUCUUCAUCUCAAGUGAUCGUGAUCAGCCUUCCUUUGAUGAAUUCUUUUCAAGCAUGCCUUGGUUAGCCCUUCCUUUCAGUGAUGAGAGGAAGAAAAACCUUCAAAAAAAAUUCAAAAGCCAGGGCACUCACGCAGCCAUAGCCAUUGGCCCCUCUGGCCGGACAGUGAGCAAGAAAUUAGGACACUUCAUAGCCUACUUUGGGCCUGAUGCCUAUCCAUUCACAGAAGAGAAGUUUAAGCAUUUGGAUGAAUACUUGGAGGAAAUGGCAAAGCAGUGGCCUGAGAAAGUCACGCAUAAGUUGCAUGCUGAACAUGAGCUUUUGCUCACUCGCCGCAAUUCAUACUACUGUAAUGGGUGUAGGGAUUUGGGAUAUGCUUGGUCCUACUUGUGUGAGAAUUGUGACUUUGAUCUCCAUCCGAAUUGUGCCUUGAAGAACGAUGAAGAAACAGACAGUGGUCCAACAGACAAGCGUGAAUUCGUAUGAUGAUGAUGUGUGCCAGUGUUUAAGAAACUUCUAAAUUGUACAAUAUAUCUAUGUGGCUUUAUGAGCAUGGUUUUCUAGUUGUAUCUCAAGUGCUUGUAAUUAUGUUUUCUAUGUGAGUGGAUGGUGGUAAGCACAAUGUACUGGAGUUGCUGUGGAUAUAAAAUAUUGUGCUACUGCUCUGCAGUUGAGGUUGAAAUAAGAAGAAAAUAUACUUCUUGAUUGUUGUAUAAUUUUAUACUUUUAUAGCUAUUAGCUUUUAGA